AUGGUUCAACCGGUAUGGCGUGGUGCGACAGCAGAGGAAGCCCAUCUAAAGACGUACGGACAAAUGGAUAUCCCGGAGCCUGUUGGGAAUCCACAGAUUGAAGCGUUCUACAAUAGGCUACGCAACGAUGCUAGAGAUAUUACAAAUGCAGACAGUUCAUACAACCAGAGGAAGACGGCGCUGAAGGAUAUUGCCCAAAUUAUUAACGACCUAAAAAUUCUGAAAAUGGACAGGACAACUCUUGAGCUCUGGGACCGCGCUGAGAGUGUCACAAUGCACAGAAAGCGGCACAGGGCUGAUAAGAAGAGUUCAGUUCUCCCUUCUUCUAUAUUAAGUACACAAGAGGUGAUUAAGGCACUCAAGAGACCCACGAGUAGCGAGUUGGUCGAUGAGGCAAAUGAGCUGUUGACAUAUCUCAAGGACCACAAGGAGAUUCCAAAGGAUGUGUGUGAACUCAUUAUGGGGCAGAGGGGGGAUAUCAAGAACGCCCUGAAAGCCAGUCGUGCCGACGAGAGUCUACAUGAGCUGUGGGCAAAGAUUUCCGCCCUGACGAAGAAGGCCAAAACCACCAGCACUAGUAUACCUCUAACUACGUUACGUACCAAGACCAUACUAUUCCACGCAGUCACUAUUGGGGAGCAGCGUCCAAAAACAUGGACAGAAUGGAUACAAGGUCGGAUCACAAAGCACCCCAACCCCACAACCCAAAUCGCAAUCAACCCCACAACCCAAAUCGCAAUCAACCCCACAACCCAAAUCGCAAUCAACCCCACAACCCAAAUCGCAAUCAACCCCACAACCCAAAUCGCAAUCAACCCCACAACCCAAAUCGCAAUCAACCCCAGACCUCCAGGUCGUUCAUGUUGA